UAUUACUUUACGUCAAACGAAUGGUGCGUUUUGCUGCAGACAUGGCGAAAAGUUUCAUUGCAUCGCUUUUGCUAUUUUUUCUACCGAUUUGUUAUGGACAAACGGACCCUCAACCGCAACAGAUUCACUUGUCAAGUACAGGAGACCCAACGGAAAUGAUGGUCACAUGGGUGACUUUAGCACAAACAGAAUACAGUGUUGUGCAAUACAACAAAGCUGGUUUAUCCCUAACGCUUCAGACCUCAGGUACCGUAACCAAAUUCACUGAUGGAGGAUCAGCACACAGAGUGCUGUGGAUGCACAGAGUGAAACUAACAGGAUUGAUGCCUGGUCAAGUAUAUGAAUACCACUGUGGAGGAAUGGAAGGCUGGAGUGCUAUCUAUGAGUUUAAAGCUCUUCAAUCUGGUGUAGACUGGAGUCCUAGAAUGGCAGUGUUUGGAGAUAUGGGCAGUGUUAAUGCUAAAUCAAUCAGCUUUCUGCAAGAAGAAACUCAACAAGGACUCUAUGAUGCCUUCCUUCAUGUUGGUGAUUUUGCAUAUAACAUGGACACUGACAAUGCUUUAGUUGGAGAUGACUUUAUGAAUCAAAUUCAGUCAAUUGCUGCCUAUGUACCAUACAUGACAUGUCCUGGAAAUCAUGAAGCUGCUUACAACUUUUCCAACUACAAAAACAGGUUUUCAAUGCCAGGAAAUACUGAGAAUAUUUACUACAGCUGGAACAUUGGUCCUGCACAUAUUAUUUCCAUUUCAACGGAAGUGUACUUUGAUUAUCAGUACGGAAUUGAGCAGAUUGUCCAACAGUAUGAAUGGUUGGAAAGAGACCUGCAGGAGGCAACAAAACCAGAAAACCGUGCUCAACGCCCUUGGAUUAUUACUAUGGGUCAUAGGCCAAUGUACUGCAGUAACUCUGAUGGUGAUGACUGCACCAAACAUGAGAGCAAAGUUCGCACUGGGAUCACAUCUGAACAUCUCUUUCGUCUGGAGGAUUUGUUUUAUAAAUAUGGUGUGGACUUGAUGCUUUGGGCUCAUGAGCAUUCAUAUGAACGUCUUUUCCCUAUCUACGACAGGCAGAUUUGCAAUGGAUCAGUUGAGCAGCCUUAUACCAACCCUUGUGCUCCAGUACAUUUAACCACAGGAUCAGCGGGAUGUCAAGAAGACCAUGACCCAUUCGAGAAAGAUUACCCCCCUUGGACAGCUUUCCGUUCAGAUGAUUAUGGCUACACCCGUAUGACAAUUCACAACAAGACCCACUUGUACAUGGAUCAAGUCAGUGUGGAUAAGCAAGGUGAAGUCAUCGACAAAGUAAUGAUUAUCAAAGAGGAGCAUGGACCUGAUGCUUGGAUGCGAAAGAAAUUGAAGGCAUAAAUUGAAUUAAGAUUGCAACUCUUCACAGUUCACACUGUAGAGUUGUCAGAAUUUUUCUAUAACUUUGUGAUUCUUAGUAAAAUUUUCCAUGGCAGUUGAAAGAUUCACAGUGUUAAACACAAGACUAAGCACAAACAGAUUGAAGGAAGGAAAAUCAUUUGUCAACAUUUCAGUGUCCAAUCGUACCGCUGUCAGUUUUCUACUAUUGUUGAUAAAAUUGUGGAUAAAGUUGUAAGUUAGAAAAGGGAAGAAAAAGUUUUCUUCAUUUAGUUUAUAAAAUUUUAAGUAUAGAUGUUAAUUUUGAGACUAGAUCUGCAGUAGCUGUGUUUUUUAACCAAUGAGUAUUGGAAACUCAAUGUUCAGUCAGUGCUAAUCAUUUUUUUUUGGGUUAAAUACGUGAAGUUAGGGGAUCUCUUAGUCUAGCGCUAGUUUAGAUAGUGCUUGUGGCUGGUAAACUGUUUUUACUCUAUAAAAUACUUUUUUCUUUGCAAUUAAAUUUUGUUUUAUGUAUCUCAA